CACCAUCUUUUAGCAAACAAACAUGCUUUUCCUCUGUUCUUCAAUUAGAGUUUCAAUGAUGCUGCUUGGUCUACUACUGCUGGCAAUAAGCUCUUUAAUGGCUGCUUCUGCUGGUAAUUUAAAUCAAGAUUUCGCUAUCACAUGGGGAGAUGGCCGUGGUAAAAUGCUCAACAAUGGACAGUUGCUCAUGUUGUCCCUUGACAAGACCUCUGGCUCUGGCUUCCAAUCUAAGAAUCAAUAUCUAUUUGGAAGGUUUGAUAUGCAGAUCAAGCUUGUCCCUGGAAACUCCGCCGGCACCGUAACCACUUUCUAUCUAUCAUCUCAAGGAGACAAUCAUGAUGAGAUUGAUUUUGAGUUCUUGGGUAACUUGAGUGGAGACCCAUAUACUCUCCAUACAAAUGUAUUUAGCCAAGGCAAAGGAAACAGGGAGCAGCAGUUCCAUCUCUGGUUCGACCCAACCAAGAACUUCCACACUUACUCCAUCCUCUGGAAUUCCCAAAGAAUCAUUUUCUUGGUGGACAACAUUCCUAUCAGAGAAUUCCAAAAUAGAGAAUCUGAUGGAAUUCCAUACCCUCAUACUCAACCCAUGAAGAUCUACUCCAGUCUUUGGGAUGCAGAGGACUGGGCAACUAGAGGAGGGCUUGUUAAGACAAAUUGGACACAAGCACCAUUCAAUACUUAUUAUAGAAAUUUCAAUGGGAAAGCCUGUGUGGUGUCUUCUAAUGGGGUUUCUUCUUGUGAUUCAAAGACAACAACUAGUGCUGCAUCUGAUAAUACAUGGCAAUCUCAACAGCUUGACUCAAAAGGUCAAAGAUAUCUGAGAUGGGUUCAGAAGAAUUAUAUGAUCUACAACUACUGCACUGAUUAUAAGCGCUUCUCUAAUGGUCGCCCACGGGAGUGUAGACUUUACAAGUUCCAUUAGAGAACUUCUCACUUCUAUCUUCCAAGUGAUGUUAAUAUUAUAAAUUCCAUCAUCAUUCUUUUAUUUGUCAAAUUGAUUUGUUUUCUUUGGUAGUUUUGCCUGUCCUUGGGAUGAACUAAGGAUGGUGUAUCUUCUGU